AUGGUCAACCCCACUCAGGCUACACAAGGGACUAUCCGCCCCACGGACUUGCACCGAGUCUUCCUCCAAUCCGUCCUGUCUCGACGGGUCAUGCCAGAGGAAAUCAUGGUUCAGCUCUACCUCCGCGCCAUAUCCGCUUGUCAAGUGGCCGAUGAGAACUUCCGUCCCACGCACGGUACGAACAAAGCAGGCGCCAGAAGCUUUGCCCUGGAAAUCAACCGGAUUCUGGAACAGAGCGGGAUGCAAAUGGAAAUGAAGUCAAUACGGGAUGAAGGGUCGGUACCGAGGGAUAUGUGGGCUAUGAUUAACACGGACCCCACGGACGAAGCGGCGAACAUGACGGAUUUGGAACCCCUGCAGCUCUCCUUCUUCAAGGCUAUCGCCAACAACAUCAUCACAUCCUACCCUGCCAAUUCGAUCAAUCACUUCCAAGCUUUGAGCCUGACGUCUGGUCUCCCGGGGCAACUGACCAAAUCUGCCGGGGAUACGCUGUUGUCGACUUUUGUUGCGAGGGGCUGGCUCGCCAAGUCUGUCAAGCGCGGACGAUACUCGCUCGCUCCGCGGGCAAUUAUGGAGCUCGACAACUGGCUUUUGGCGGAGCACGAGGAAUACAUCCAGAAGUGUGGCCGAUGCAGCAAAACUGUUCUCUCUGGUGUCAUCUGCGCAAACAGCGAAUGCGAAUCCCACAUCCACAAAACCUGCUACACCCUCCUCAUGACCGGUCGUACCCCCGCCUGCCCCGUCUGCAAGAAAGACUUUGCGACCUAUGAUCCGAAACCGCUCGGCGAGAAGGCGGUCAAUCGAGUCGAGGACACCACCACUCAGAUCCGGACGAAACGGAAGCGCAACACCGAAUCUGGAGCGAAUGGGAGGGCGGGGCCGAGUCGCGGUGGUGAUGAUGACGAGGAGGAUGAGCUGGAGGAGGAGGAAGGGCAGACGGAUAAUGAGGAGCCGGAGGAAGGGAGUGCGGGCGCGGCGGGGGGUAGUAGUGUUCAGGUGGGGAAUGGCACGAGUCAGUGGAAAGCUGCAAAGACGGGCGGUCGGCCCAAACGGGCGGCUGCGGCCAAGAAGGUCCAGUCGACUCAGUCGGAGGAGGAGUCGGACUAG